CUCAUUCAAAUCAAAUCACCGCUAUCCGAUUACACGUCAUUGACAAUUGAAACCUUUCGAGUGACACCAGAAAAAGAAGUGACAAUGUCCACCAGCGAAAUUGUCUCGACCCAACGUCGCAACCUCCCCCUCCUCGCCACCCCGGAGGCCGUCUCAGGGAGAACCUACAUCGUGACCGGGGCGAACACCGGCCUUGGCUUCGAAGCAGCGAAGCAUCUCGUCGCGCUUGGAGCCGGCAAGGUCAUCCUUGCAGUCCGGAGUAUCGAGGCUGGCGAGAGGGCGAAAGACGCUAUCAACAAAAGUAGCGGUCGUCCAGGCGUGGUGGAGGUGUGGCUCCUGGACCUCAGCAGUUUCGACUCGGUGAAGGCGUUUGCGCAGCGGGCAAUUGCAGAGCUGGAGCGCAUCGACGCGGUGAUUGAGAAUGCGGCGGUGGCGAUGAUGGGCCCCGUCCGUGCCGAGGGCCAUCUCUUGUCUGUGACGGUGAAUGUGCUGAGUACGUUCUUGUUGGCUGUGUUGUUGGCGAGGAAGAUGCGGGAGAGUGCGGAGAGGAGUGGCGGUGGACUGGUCAGGGUCGUGAUUGUGACGAGUCGGAUCGGGUUCACAGCUCAGGAGGAGUGGCAGCGGAUCUGGGAGGAUCCGCUGGUGGGGAUUGAACAAGAUGAGGGGUUGCAGGUCAAGAGUUACCAUCUGUCAAAGUUGAUGGAGAUCCUGGCGCUGAAGCACCUCGCGACUUUACUGCCCGUCGAGCGCACGGGGGUGGUCUUCAACCUUGUUUGUCCGGGUCUUUGCACGACUGAGCUGAUUCGCAAUGCUCCGCCGGGCUAUAAGGCGCAGGUUGCCGAUAUGCAUCAGCUUUACGGGCGCACGGCGGAAGAUGGGAGUCGGACGCUGUUGCAUGGUGCGGUGGCGGGGAGGGAGUCUCAUGGGUGUCUUCUCCAUUCGUGCGAGAUAGGCGAGAGUGAUGUUCCCAACUGGGUGACCGAUGAAGAAGGGAAAGCCAUGCAGAAACGAAUGUGGGAUGCUGUUGCGGAGGUGUUGGAGUCCGUUGAGCCAGGAUGUGUGGAAGCUAUGUUAAAGCAGUAG